AUGCACAGUGAUAAAGGAAAAGCCGUAUGGAAUUCGACCUUGAUAGAGAUUUUCAUUAAGGAAUGCUUGGAGCAAGUGUAUAGGAAACAAAGGAAAGGAACUACUUUCAACAAAAAUGGGUGGCAAGCAAUAAUUGAGGGGUUUGAGGCAAAAACAGGAAAAAGUGAAGAGAAGCUAAAUUUAUUAGACACUGCAGUACUUACAGGGGUCACUAAUGAGUUGUUGGGCCUGAAUGUUACCAUAAAUACUGGUGGAACUAGUGGUGACGGAAGUCAAGGCAAGAGAAAGAGGGUGGUAGGCAUUGGUGGGAGGAAAAAGCAAAAAGUCCCUACCUCAAUGAAAAUAACAGAUGUGAUGAGUGAAAUGGCAAAGGAUAAUGAAGCUAGAACAGAGACAGUGAAUAAGAUUUUGGUAAAUGACAUAGGAGUUUUUGAGGUUGUGGCUCACCUAAAUGGACUCCCAAAAGUUUUUGGUGAUAAAGAUUUGCAUUAG